AUGGCAAUUGAUCAUGCUGCAGAUCCGGUGAGGGACGAAGAGACGCAGACGUCCGAGAAGGGCACUACCACCUUCAUCGAGAAUGCCGAUGGAUCCCAGGCGGAGAGCUCCCUCAACCUGGAGAAAGAGCGUACGCUUGAUGGCAUCGAUAUACAGAACUCUCGGGCUUUCCUUGGGGACGAUUCUGAUGGCAAAGUCACCUGGACUGUCCGCAGUAUCUUUGCCGCUAUAUUCCUUGCUGGGUUGUACACAGGGUCACAGAUUAUCUUGUACUUUGCCGGCGGGUCGCUAUCCUUCAUAGAGCACGACCUCGAGCUUUCAAGAAGAGCCGCUUGGCUGCCGACCGCAAAUAUCUUAGCAAUCGCUGCCGCCUGCCCUUACGCCGGCUAUCUACAAGACCUAUUCGGAAAGAGAUACAUUGCGCUUUUUGGUGCAGCAUGCAUUUGCAUUGGUUGUCUGCUCGUUGGUCUUGCUCAAAAUUUCGCCUGCGCUUUGGCUGGCAUGUCCUUGUCUGGGAUUGGUGCUGCUAUUGGCGAACUGACUGGUCUUGCUGGUCUUGCCGAAGUCGUCCCUGUCAAGCAUCGUGGUUAUUCUCUUGCCCUAGUUACCGCAUUCGUGAUCCCAUUCUGUCCGUAUUUGAUGUACGUGCAGCUUUGGUCGAACAAGCCCGGCCCUGGCUGGAGAUGGGGACCGUGGACAUCACUCACCUACAACGGGAUCGUCGCAAUUGGGCUUGCCCUCACCUACUUCCCCCACAAUCACACACGCGCUGAGGGUUUCUCUCGUCGAGCUAUUUUGAAGCGCAUUGAUUAUCUCGGUGGUGUCCUCUCUAUCACUGGCUUGACCCUUUUCCUCGUUGCUCUGCAAUCCGGCGGCUAUACGCACGCCUGGACUAGUGCCUACGUGCUCUGCACUUUGGUCAUCGGUCUCAUGCUUAUCUUUGCCUGGGUGGUCUAUGAGUGGAAGUUUGCCCCCCAUCCCAUGAUUCCCCAUGAACUUCUCAACGGUCAACGGAUUGUCGGUCUGGCUUACGCAAUCGCCUUCACUGCCGGCAUGAACUUCUUCUCCAUUCUCAACUUCUUCCCGCUCACAUUCUCCUCCGUUUAUGACCCUGAUCCGGUCCAGAUCGGUCUGAAGGGUCUGCCGCCGGCUUUCUCCACGACCAUCGGUGCCGUUGGUUUCAACGCGGCGCUGUCCAAAUUCCCAAACCGGAACCGUGAGAUCCUACUCAUAGCCGUCCUCUGCAUGACGGCUUUCGGUGGAGCCCUCUCUGCCAGCACCCCUGAGAAUCCCAAGCUUACAGUCGCCUUUGGCACCCUAGCCUCUUUCGGUGUCGGCGGCGUUCUUGUGCCUGCUGCCACCAUCGCAAUGAUCGUCACUCCCGAUGCCGUCAUCACAACCGCUGCAGCCCUCUCGCUCAGUAUCCGUACCGUUGGCGGCUCCAUCGGCUACUCAAUCUACUACAACAUCUUCGCCUCCAAGCUGGAGUCCAACCUCCCCAAACUCGUCGCCGAGUACGCCAUCAAGGCUGGCCUUCCACUCUCGUCCGCGGAAGCCUUCGUCGGCACCUUCCUCGCUACACCCGAGAGAAUCGCCGAAGUAGAGGGCGUGACGCCUGGAGUUAUUGCCGGCGCCACUAAGGGGUCGCAGUGGGCGUUCAGCGAGAGCUUGAAGUAUGUCUGGUUCACGUCGAUUGCGUUUGGGUCCUUGGCGGUGAUUUGCGUUCUGUUGCUACCGAUCACGAAGAAGUAUCAGACGAAUCGUGUUGCGGUGCAGAUUAAGUGA